CCUUCUGCGCAUCGCGCUGCGCGGCAGAGCGGCAGCUGAGCGUCGUGGAGUCGCGCCCUCAGCGGGCUGUGAGAAAUGACGUGAACGGGUGAUUCCCCGUUUUGGACCUCGUUUUAAUGGAAAGGCGUGAAGUUAAAAACACAAUCAUGCGUCCACAUGGAUAGUUACCAGAGCCGGGAUCAUCACACGCCCUGGUCGGAGGACGCCAUGGCCAACGUGAAGGUGGCCGUCCGGGUCCGACCGCUCACUGCAAAAGAGACUCUGGACGGAGGUCGGCUGGCUGUGCAAGUGGAGGAUAAACACAUCAGGGUUCGGAAUGGGAAGCUGGACGGCCGGUCCGAGGGCGCGGUCGACUCCCGGGAGAAGCUGCUGGAGUUCGGCUUCGACUACUGCUACUGGUCGGUGGACGCAGAGGACCCCCAGUACGCAUCGCAGGAGGAGGUGUUCCAGGACCUGGGUGUGUCUGUGCUGGCGGGGGCCUCGGAGGGCUACAACGUGUGUCUGUUUGCUUACGGUCAGACGGGCUCCGGGAAGACCUACACCAUGAUGGGCUCCCAGGACUCCAUUGGCCUGACCCCCCGGAUCUGUGAGGGCCUCUUCAGGUCGGUGGACGGCUGCCCGGACGGACAGGCCUCCAGCAGGGUGGACAUCAGCUUCCUGGAGAUCUACAACGAGCGCGUGCGGGACCUUCUGAAGCUGGGGGGGCAGAAGAAGAGGGAGACCCUGAGGGUCCGAGAGCACCCAGAGAAGGGCCCCUACGUCCAGGACCUCUCUCAACACGUGGUCACCAACUACAAGCAAGCGUUGGACCUGCUGGAGGAGGGCGUGGCCAACCGCAUCACCGCGGCAACGCACAACCACGAGGCCAGCAGCAGAUCGCACGCCAUCUUCACCAUCCAGUACACCCAGGCUAUUCUUGAGAACAAUCUGCCCUCGGAGAUCGUCAGCAAGAUUAACCUGGUGGACCUGGCUGGGAGCGAGCGGGCCGAUCCAAACUACUGCAGGGACAGACUGACGGAGGGCUCCAGCAUCAACAAGUCUCUGGUCACCCUGGGCAUCGUCAUCUCGGCUCUCGCCCAGAACUCCCAGAUGUCCAACAGCUGCCAGAGUAUCAACAGCAUGGCCAGCGAGGGGGAGGGGAGCCUGGGGGGAAGCCUCAACCUCUCCAACUCUGGGAGGGGGGGAGGAGGAGGACGAAGACACUGCUUCAUCCCCUACCGAGACUCGGUCCUCACUUGGCUUCUGAAAGACAGUCUGGGAGGGAACUCCAAGACCAUCAUGAUCGCCACCGUAUCGCCGUCGGGAAGCAGCUACAACGAGACGCUUAGCACGCUACGCUACGCCGCUCACGCCAAGAACAUCGUCAACAAACCGCGAGUUAACGAGGACGCCAGUGUCAGGCUGAUCAGAGAGCUGCGGCAGGAGGUGGACCGUCUGAAGAGCAUGCUGCUUAGCUUCCAGAUGCAGCGUAACCUCAGCCCCUCUCUGAGCGAGGAACGGGACGGGAACCUAUCGGACAUGCUGCUCCAGAACGAGCUCAAGGUGGAGCAGCUGACGAAGGACUGGUCCGAGGGGUGGAGGGAGAAGCAGGUGCUGCUGGAGCAGUACGGGCUGGACGUCAACCGCCACCAGGCCGGCCUGCUGGUCCACGCCCUGCAGCCGCACCUCGUCAGCCUGGACCGGGACGUCCUGAGCCCCGGGGUGCUGUUCCACCACCUCAGGGAAGGAGUGACGCGCAUCGGACCCCCGAACCGACCCGGAAGACGCCCAGAUAGUGUUGCAGGGCGAUGGCAGCUGUGAGAUCGUGAACGAAGGGGGUGUGGUGACGCUCCAACCAAUGGCGUGCUCCGCCUGCCUCGUCAACGACAGGGAGGUCAGCGACCCCUGCCGGUUGGCCCAGGGCGCUGUGAUCACUCUGGGCACCCACAGGUUCCGCUUCAACCACCCCGCCGAGGCUGCGGUCCUCAGGGAGAGGAGAAGGGCCAUCGGGGAUGACGGCUACAGGGAACUCUGUCCCUUCACAUCGGGUUCAAGGUACACACCUGGAGAAAACACACACUUCUUUUCUAUUUCCUGUACACAGUACAUUAUUUUUAGCGUAUUCUAUAUGUAUCAGCAAAUUAUUUGAGGUGUGU